GAGGCAGGGAGAGAGAGAGAGGCAGGGAGAGCGAACAAGAGGCAGGGAGAGAGAGAGAGAGCGAGAGAUUGAGGCAGGCAGGGAGAGCGCAUGUGAGUGUGUGUGUGAGGGAGAAGAAACGGCACACAGUGGAGUAGUGCUCAGUGACUGGUGGCUGAGGUGAGGUGUAGAGCUGUAGGAGACUUCCUAAUAAUCAGGGGACCUGAAGACCCUGUCUUUUGUCAAAGAGGAAUCAAAACGAUAUGGGCUCUGUAGAGGCUGGACUAAAGGGCUGAAGGAAUAUGGAAGAAAAAAAGGAGAAACGGAAUAAAGGUAGAGGAAUGUUUUCAGUGUGACUGUUUUUCCCAAACCACCAUUUUCCAUCCAUCACAUCCGGCGAAACUCACCACCUUCCCAGCUCAGAGGGCGGACCUGGCUGGAAGUGUGUGUGUGACAGUAAGAAAGGGAGGAAGAGUGUCUGUGACACCUGUCGUCACUCAUUAUGCUGUUGAUCCAUCUCCAUAGCACUGACACACACAGGUGCAGUUCCUAGCGAGCGCAGCAGAGACACCUGAGAAUUUUCUGACAAACACAUACCUCCUGUCUCAUAUUCUCCAUUGAAAUGACGAUGUCAGGUUUAAACCGAGCGAUCGCUGCCUUCUGACAGUGUGGAUACCUUCUUGUCCAAACUGGCACACUGGAGUUGAGCACUUAUCAUUAUACUUUCCUGAUUUCAAAUGGAUUCAACCUCUUUGAUCAACAGGUAAUAAUGUGGACCUGAGAAAAGGAUUGAAUGUGAGAUAUCGUGCUUAGGGUAUUUGCCCUCCGGUUUGGAAUACUUGAAACAGAGCAAAAGUCAUAGAGCUCUCUAUUGUUUGGGGGGGUUUUGCUAAGUUAUUGUUGCUCUCCGUUUCCGUCCGUCAUUAGCUACGACUACUUCAAGAAUUAACCGAGGUGAAGUCUGUACCCAUGGACAGCCUUCUCUGACUUAAUCCCACAUGUCGUUUAACACUGACAGACGUUAUGAGAGUUGACUGAGCUCUGAGCAUGUGGAGACUCUUAAGGACCAGACCUAUCCCUCUCUGCUCCUCUCUCACCACGUAACAGACUUGUAAGAGUUAGUGUGCCAUUGUAAGGGACGUGCUGGAGGUGUAUGGCGACUGACAUAAUGAACCUGCAUGGGAACGUAUCGGAGUUGAUCUCUUCUGCCGUCAGAGCCAUAACGCUUCCGUCCUUUGACCCCGACCCUGACCCUUGGCCUAAUGGUCCAGAGAGACUUCUGGGAAAUGAAAGCAGGAAUUUUUCAAAUGGGUGUAACGGGAAUGAUGGCAGCAAUGUGCAUGACUUUCCACCAGGCAACUGGACGCAUAGCGGCAAGGUUUACAGUGAUGAAGCAAGGAUUCUGGCAUCAUCGCAGUGUGUGAAGGGGAUGAAAGCAGUGGACAAGAACUGGGCUGCUUUGCUGAUCCUGGCGGUCAUUGCCGUUACAGUGACGGGUAACAUCCUGGUCAUCAUCGCAGUGUCUCUGGAGAAGAAGCUCCAGAACGCCACCAACUACUUCCUGAUGUCACUGGCUGUCGCCGACAUGCUGCUGGGCAUCCUGGUCAUGCCCAUCUCCAUGGUGACAAUUCUCUAUGACCACUGGUGGCCCCUGCCCUCGGACCUGUGCCCUAUCUGGAUCUACCUGGAUGUGCUGUUCUCCACAGCCUCCAUCAUGCACCUGUGUGCCAUCUCUCUGGACCGCUACAUCGCCAUCAGAAACCCCCUCCACCACAGCCGCUUCAACUCCCGAACCAAGGCCCGCCUCAAGAUCAUGGCUGUCUGGACCAUCUCUGUGGGUAUCUCCAUGCCCAUCCCUGUCCUAGGCCUGCGGGACCACACAAAGGUAUUUAAAGAUGGCAGCUGCCUGCUGACAGAUGACAGUUUCGUCCUGGUAGGCUCCUUCGUGGCCUUCUUCGUCCCCCUCACCAUCAUGGUGGUCACCUACUUCCUCACCAUCAGCGCCCUGCAGAAUGAGGCUACACUCUGCCUGGACCAGCUCGUGCCCAGGCCCAAGUGGAGUGCCACCCUGACCCUGGGAUUUUUCCCACAGUCCUCGCUCUCCUCAGAGAAGCUCUUCUUUAGGCGUUCGCUCAGCCGCGACACGAGAGGGGUGGGAGGAGGGGUUGGCGGGGCUGGGGUGGACCCGCGGUACGGGCGUCGUACCAUGCAGUCAAUCAGCAAUGAGCAGAAGGCCACCAAGGUCCUGGGUGUGGUCUUCUUCCUGUUCGUGGUCAUGUGGUGUCCCUUCUUCAUCACCAAUGUGCUGGCAGUGGUGUGCAACCCCAUGAACUGUGACCCGUGGGUGAUGGGGGGGCUGCUGAACGUGUUCGUGUGGGUGGGAUACCUCUCCUCAGCCGUCAACCCUCUGGUAUACACUCUGUUCAACAAAACGUACCGUGCAGCCUUCUCUCGCUACGUACGCUGCCAGUACAGCCCGGAGAGGAAGCCUCUGCAGCUCAUGUUGGUUAAUACCAUCCCUCCACUGGCCUACAACUCCACCCACCUGCCCCUGGACGAAAUGGGGUCCCUCAGGAAUGGGGCCCACAGUGGUGGAGGACCAAAUCAAACUCAGACAACGACAAGGCACCCAGGGACCAAGAUGAGAGCAUCAGCUGUGUGAGAGGUUGUGAGCCUGUGAGGACUGAAUCUCCCAUAAUCCUAGUGAGAUGUGCUGUGUUUUGAUCACGAUCUCGCCUUGUUUCCGGAAGGAAACCUUGGGAACGGAGGUUCCUGUGCUGGAAUGUGUUCAGUAGCUCUUUGAUGAGACUCAUGCCAGAGAGGAAUAUGUGAAGAGAAAGGGUCCACUCCCGUCAAAAUCUGUCCACGCGCAAAUACAGUGAUAAGCUGUAGGAAGCAGGGAGUACAGAGAGAGGAAAAGACACAACCUGCCUCACAAACACUUAAACUAGUUACACCAGAAGAGAACAACUGAGCUCAAGCAAAAUUAUCAACAAUAGCCAGGGGCCACGAGGGGAUACAUUUCCCCAAAAUGUUCAUACACAUAGCCUGGAUACCAGACUGUUUAGCUAACAUUCCACUCCUUGUGUGCCAAAGAUGUUUCACAAUGACACAUCAAGGAGUGGAUUAUUAACUAAACAGACUAGUACCUAAGCUACAGUGGCUUGCGAAAGUAUUCACCCCCUUGGCAUUUUUCAACCUGGAAUUUAAAUAGAUGUUUGGGGGGAUUGUAUCAUUUGAUUUACACAACAUGCCUACCACUUUGAAGAUGCAAAAUAUUUUUAUUGUGAAACAAACAAGAAGUAAGACAGAAAAACGGAAAACUUGAGCGUGCAUAACUAUUUACCCUCCCCCCAAAGUCAAUACUUUGUAGAGCCACCUUUUGCAGCAAUUACAGCUGCAAGUCUCUUGGGGUAUGUCUCCAUAAGAUUGGCACAUCUAGCCACUGGAAUUUUUGCCCAUUUUCAAGGCAAAACUGCUCCAGCUCCUUCAAGUUGGAUGGGUUCCACUGGUGUACAGCUAUCUUUAAGUCAUACCGCAGAUUCUCAAUUGGAAUUAGGUCUGGGUAUUGACUAGGCCAUUCCAAGACAUUUAAAUGUUUCCCCUUAAACCACUCAAGUGUUGCUAUAGCAGUAUGCUUAGGGUCAUCGUCCUGCUGGUAAGUGAAUUUCCGUCCCAGUCUCAAAUCUCUUGAAGACUGAAACAGUUUUCCCUCAAUAAUUUCCAUGUAUUUAGCGCCAUCCAUCAUUCCUUCAAUUCUGACCAGUUUCCCAGUCCCUGCUGAUAAAAAACAUACCUACAGCAUGAUGCUGCCACCACCAUGCUUCACUUUGGGGAUAGAAUUCUCGGGGUGAUGAGAGGUGUUGGGUUUGUGCCAGACAUAGCGUUUUACUUGAUGGCCAAAAAGCUCAAUUUUAGUCUCAUCUAAGCUGAGUACCUUCUUCCAUAUGUUUGGGGAGUCUCCCACAUGCCUUUUGGCGAACACCAAAUGUGUCUGCUUAUUUUUUUCUUUAAGCAAUGGCUUUUUUUCUGGUCACACGUCCAUAACGCCCAGCUCUAUGGAGGGUACGGCUUAAAGUGGUCCUAUGGACAGAUACUCCAAUCUCCACCGUGGAGCUUUCCAGUUCAUUCAGGGAUAUCUUUGGUCUCUUUGUUGCCUCUCUGAUUAAUGCUCUCCUUGCCUGGUCCAUGAGUUUUGGUGGGCGGCCCUCUCUUGGCAGGUUUACUCAGAUCAUGUGCCACUUAAAUAAAGUCCACCUGAGUGUAAUCUAACUAAUUAUGUGACUUCUGAAGGUAAUUGGUUGCACCAGGUCUUAUUUACGGGUUUCAAAGCAAAGGGGGUGAAUACAUAUACACGCACCACUUUUCCGAUAAAUUGUUGUUUUUUAAAUUUCACUACACCAAUUUGGACUAUUUUGUGUUACAUGAAAUCCAAAUAAAAAAUAAAUAAAUAAAUAUCUAUUUAAAUUACAGGUUGUAAUGCAACAAAAUAGGAAAAAUGUCAAGGUGGUGAAUAUGUUUGUAAGGAACUGUUUCAUACACCAUAUAUACAAAUAUAUAUUUGUGUAAAUACAUUGUGCCCAUCCGUAAAUAAAUGUGUGUAUUUUUGUUGUCGUUACCCGAAGAUACGGAGCUCAUUUUUGUAUUUUCUUGUGUUUCCUUCAUGCAGUAUAAAGAUACAGAAAUGUGUAUAGGUGGGAUGUAGGCUAAUGAAGAUGUACAUUACCAUUCAAAAGUUUGGGGUCACUUGGAAAUGUCCUUGUUUUUGAAAGAAAAGCUAACUUUUUGGCCAUUAAAAUAACAUCAAAUUGAUCAGAAAUACAGUGUAGAAGUGCCUAGAAGGCCAGCAUCCCGGAGUCGCCUAUUCACUUUGUUUCUGGUCAUUUUGAGCCUGUAAUCGAACCCACAAAUGCUGAUCUCCAGGUACUAAACUCAUCUAAAGAUGGCCAGUUUUAUUGCUUCUUUAAUCAGAACAAUCGUUUUCAGAUGUGCUAACAUAAUUGCAAAAGGGUUUUCAAUGAUCAGUUAGCCUUUUAAAAUGAUAGACUUGGAUUAGCUAACACAAUGUGUCAUUGGAACACAGGAGUGAUGGUUGCUGAUAAUGGGCCUCUGUACGCUUAUGUAGAUAUUCCAUAACAAAAUCAGCCAUUUCCAGCUACAAUAGUCAUUAACAACAUUAACAAUGUCUGCACUGUAUUUCUGAUCAAUUUGAUGCUAUUUUAAU